AUGGACAACGCACGCGGACAGCCCCAGGCACGUCUGGAUGCCGCUGGCUUCUGGCAGAUCUGGCAGCGCUUCGACAAGGAAGAAAAAGGCUACAUAAGAGAGACAGAGCUGGAUGCCUUCUUUGACCAUUUGCUGGCAAAAUCUGGCACCGGGGACACUUGUAUGGAAGAAAACGUGCAGAGAGUGAAACAGCAGUUAAUGACUGUCCGCAGCGUCCCUAAAGAAGGUCACAUACGGAUGAAAGAGCUUGCCAGUAUGUUCUUAUCUGAGGAUGAAAAUUUCCUCCUGUUCUUUCGCCUGGAAACUCCCUUGGAUAACAGCGUGGAGUUCAUGCAGAUUUGGCGCAAAUACGACGCGGACAGCAGCGGCUUCAUAUCAGCUGCCGAGCUCUGCAACUUUCUCCGAGAUCUUUUCCUCCACCACAAAAAGGCUAUUUCUGAGGCUGAACUGGAAGAGUACACCGGCACCAUGAUGAAGAUCUUUGACAAAAACAAAGAUGGCCGUUUGGAUCUUAACGACUUGGCGAGGAUUCUGGCUCUUCAGGAAAACUUCCUUCUCCAAUUUAAAAUGGAUGCUUCUUCUACUGAAGAGAGGAAGAGGGACUUUGAGAAAAUCUUCGCCCAUUAUGAUGUUAGUAAAACUGGAGCCCUGGAAGGCCCAGAGGUGGAUGGAUUUGUCAAAGACAUGAUGGAGCUGGUCCAGCCCAGCAUCAGCGGUGUGGAUCUUGAUAAGUUCCGGGAGAUUCUGCUUCGCCAUUGUGAUGUGAACAAGGAUGGAAAGAUCCAGAAGUCUGAGCUGGCACUGUGUCUGGGGCUGAAAAUGAACCCCUGAUCCCCGGCUGCUCGGCUCUCUGCUAUGUGUCUGUGCUCUUACCAUGAGAAGUGUGUUUGUGCUUUGCUCUCGGGGCCCCGCCAGCAAACCUUCUCACUGAUGGAGUGGUACUCUUGGGCAGAGGGAGGGACCCUAGGGU